CGGCGGCGGCGGUCUCGACAGCGGUAGUGGUUUCUCCUCCGCUUUUAGGUUCCUCCGCCCCCUCCCGUCGGACGCUGCCGGGUGCCAGCCUUGAAAAAGCCAACUUUAUUGUUCCUCAGCCCCACCUCCCGGCGCGGCGCGCGGCCUCAGGAUGCACUGAGGCUGAGCGGAGGGAGGCGGCGGCGGGUCGCGGUCCCUCUCCUCUGAGCGCCCGGCCGGAGGUGGGGGGAGUCACGAUGUCUGGGAGCCGCCAGGCCGGGUCGGGCUCCGCCGGGACCAGCCCUGGCUCCUCGGCGGCCUCCUCGGUGACUUCCGCCUCCUCGUCCUUGUCCUCUUCCCCGUCGCCCCCUUCCGCGGCGGCCGCGGCGGCGGCGUCCGGCGGGGCGGCCCAGGCCGCGGGCUCGGGCGGCCUCGGGGGCCCGGCGCGGCCUGUGCUGGUGGCGGCCGCCGUGUCCGGCAGCGGCGGCGGGGCGGUGUCCGCCGGCCAGUCUCGGCUCAGCUGCGCGGCCAGGCCCAGCGCCGGCGUAGGAGGGAGCAGCUCCAGCCUCGGCAGCGGCAGCAGGAAGCGACCUCUGCUUCCCCCGCUGUGCAACGGGCUCAUCAACUCCUACGAGGACAAAAGCAACGACUUCGUGUGCCCUAUCUGCUUUGAUAUGAUUGAGGAAGCAUACAUGACGAAAUGUGGCCACAGCUUUUGCUACAAGUGUAUUCAUCAGAGUUUGGAGGAUAAUAAUAGAUGUCCCAAGUGUAACUAUGUUGUGGAUAAUAUUGACCAUCUGUAUCCUAAUUUCUUGGUGAAUGAGCUCAUUCUCAAACAGAACCAAAGAUUUGAGGAAAAGAGGUUCAAAUUGGACCACUCAGUGAGUAGCACCAAUGGCCACAGGUGGCAAAUAUUUCAGGAUUUGUUGGGAACUGACCAAGAUAACCUUGAUUUGGCUAAUGUCAACCUCAUGUUGGAAUUACUAGUGCAGAAGAAGAAACAGCUGGAAGCAGAAUCACAUGCAGCCCAACUACAGAUCCUUAUGGAAUUCCUCAAGGUUGCAAGAAGAAAUAAGAGAGAGCAACUGGAACAGAUCCAGAAGGAGCUGAGUGUUUUGGAAGAGGAUAUUAAAAGAGUGGAAGAAAUGAGCGGCUUGUACUCUCCUGUCAGUGAGGAUAGCACAGUGCCUCAAUUUGAAGCUCCUUCUCCAUCACACAGUAGUAUUAUUGAUUCCACAGAAUUCAACCAACCUCCUGGUUUCAGUGGCAGUUCUCAGACAAAGAAACAGCCUUGGUAUAACAGCACGUUAGCAUCAAGAAGAAAACGGCUUACUGCUCAUUUUGAAGACUUGGAACAAUGUUACUUUUCUACAAGGAUGUCUCGUAUUUCAGAUGAUAGUCGAACUGCAAGCCAGUUGGAUGAAUUUCAGGAAUGCUUGUCUAAGUUUACCCGAUAUAAUUCAGUACGACCUUUGGCUACGUUGUCCUAUGCAAGUGAUCUCUAUAAUGGUUCCAGCAUAGUCUCUAGUAUUGAAUUUGACCGGGAUUGUGACUAUUUUGCAAUUGCUGGAGUUACAAAGAAGAUUAAGGUCUAUGAAUAUGGCACAGUCAUUCAAGAUGCCGUGGAUAUUCACUACCCUGAAAAUGAAAUGACCUGCAAUUCCAAAAUCAGCUGUAUCAGUUGGAGUAGUUACCAUAAGAAUCUGUUAGCCAGCAGUGAUUAUGAAGGCACUGUCAUCCUAUGGGAUGGAUUCACAGGACAGAGGUCAAAGGUCUAUCAGGAACAUGAGAAAAGGUGUUGGAGUGUUGACUUUAAUUUGAUGGAUCCUAAACUCUUGGCUUCAGGUUCUGAUGAUGCAAAAGUGAAGCUAUGGUCUACCAACCUAGACAACUCAGUGGCAAGCAUUGAGGCGAAGGCUAACGUGUGCUGUGUUAAAUUCAGCCCCUCUUCUAGAUACCAUUUGGCUUUCGGCUGUGCAGAUCACUGUGUCCACUACUAUGAUCUUCGUAACACUAAACAGCCAAUCAUGGUAUUCAAAGGACACCGAAAAGCAGUGUCUUAUGCAAAGUUUGUGAGUGGUGAGGAAAUUGUCUCUGCCUCAACAGACAGCCAACUAAAACUGUGGAAUGUAGGGAAACCAUACUGUCUACGUUCCUUCAAGGGUCACAUCAAUGAAAAAAACUUCGUAGGCCUCGCUUCCAAUGGCGACUAUAUAGCUUGUGGAAGCGAGAACAACUCUCUUUACCUGUACUAUAAAGGACUUUCUAAGACUUUGCUAACUUUUAAGUUUGAUACGGUCAAAAGUGUUCUGGAUAAAGACCGAAAAGAAGAUGAUACCAAUGAAUUUGUUAGUGCUGUGUGCUGGAGGGCAUUGCCAGAUGGGGAGUCCAAUGUGCUGAUUGCUGCUAACAGUCAGGGUACAAUUAAGGUGCUGGAGUUGGUAUGAAGGGUUUACUCAAGUUAAAUUGUAUUUGAUCCUGCUGAAAUACAUCUGCAGCUGACAAUGAAAGAAGACAGAAACUGCCAUGUGAUGUCUCUCCCCAAAGUCAUCAUGGGUUUUGGAUUUGUUCUGAAUAUUUUUUCUUUUCCUAUUUUUUUCUCCUUCAUGCCAUUUGGGACAUUGGGAAUACCCAGUGAACUCUCCACCAUCAAUGUAACUCUAUGGACUUUGCUGCUGUUGGUGGUGUGGUUAUCUAAUUUUUGUGAUAGGGAAACAAAUUCUUUUGAAUAAAAAUAAAUAACAAAAAAUAAUAAAAGUUUAUUGAGCCACAGUUGAGCUGGGAAAGUCUUUGUCAAAGACGGGAAGAGAUCAUCUUUUCAAGUAACACACAUGAAGUAUAGAAUAAUGUACCAGUGAAUAAUUUGUAAGGUCCAUAUUUCUCAGCCUUUCAGGAAUUCUGCAUAUCAACAUAAAUGGAAAGUAUAUGGAUUCUUUCCAGUGAAUUUAAUGUGUGUAGUAGGUGGGAAGAUUAAUAACUUUACCUUAUGAAUUCCUUUCCUUGUUCUCUGACCGGAUUUAUAUCAUCAGCUAGUACCACACUUCAGUCUCUCUAGAUCUGGCCAAGAAUCUAAAUUUUGACCGGUUGAGACUACAUUCAGAUAGAAAGGGAAUGGGGUAUCUGGCAGGCUCAGUCAGUAGAGCAUGUGACUCUUGAUCUCGGGGUCUUGAGUUUGAGUUCCACACUGGGUGCAGAGAUUACUUAAGUAAAUAAAUUAAUUAAAAAAAAAAACAGAAAGGAGGUGUCGGUCUAUGGCAGCUACUUCUGUCUUUGCCUUUGAAAUGUUACCUAUACAUACCAUCAGCCCUAAAUGCAGAAAAACCAACUUAAUUGUAAAAUCAUAGCUAUCAGAUAGUCAUAGUCUUAGGUGUUAGUGCCAUCCUUGACUGAGCAGUGACUUUGAGCAGGGGGUCAACAAACUUACUGUAAAGGGGGCCAGGUAGGAAAUAUUUUAGGCUUUGCAGAUCACAUCGUCUCCGUCAUAAUCGCGCAGCUCUGCCAUUGUAGCAGGAAAGCAGCCACAGACCUAGCAGGGAAAGAAUUUGAAGCCCUAUUACCCAAAUUUCCAAACCAUAGAAUAUCUGAGACCAUCUAGUUAAUUUCAUGCUGUUUUCAAUUUGUAAAAAGGAAGAAGUUAGUAGUUUGAAUAGCAGGUCAAGCAAAAGUAAUGUGAAGUUUUCUGUUUGAGCUACUUUAAAAGUGUGAACAAUUUUUAGAAAAAGAUAUAAACAGAAUUCAUACCCCACACAAAGUGUAUAAAAAUAGACACUUGGAGAAGCUUCAUAUGAAUAAAUAUAUGAAUGAUAAGGGUAAUCAGAGUAUCUCACUGUAUCUUUGUACUCAAAAUUGUUGGGUCCACAUUUCAUUAUUUUGAAUCCUUCCAGUCAAAUGCAUUGUGGAAGUUAGAACUUUUUGAAUUUUAGAAAAGUCAAUAGUCUACCUAUACUAUAUAUUACAUGACACUAUCCAACAAAGUCUGGAGCAAUACUCUAUUAUCAAACACAUUAAUAUUUCUGUAGCAAAAUGUAUGAAUGUUCACAUUAUAUGAGAUUAAUUGACACUAAAAAUAGUCUUAUGUCUAUUCAGUACAGUUUCUACCACCAAAUAAGUUUGCCUCAAACUUAGGUGAAAAUUUUCAGUUUUCAGAACUUCAAGACAAUUAUAUCUUACUAAUUUGGGGGAAUUAAGCACCUGAUAAGCUUUUGGACUCCAUUUUGAGAGCAAAGGUCACUAUCAUUGAAAAAUUAACACCUGUCAACCAGAACAACGUUAGGCAACCUUUCUAAGAUUAAUGAAUGAUCUUUUGCAAAGAUGUAGAAAGAAUAUUCAAAGGUAGAUUCUUCACUUAAAGAUAUGUCCAGAAAAUCAGAUUGGGAAGCAAAGAAUUAAUGCCCCUUUGAAUGCAUUUAAAUAAAAGAUUAUGGUUUUUAA